UUCCGAGUUCAUGGCUGUCGUCCUUGCGUCGUGUCGAGCUUUCUCAAAGUCAAUGUUCAUCAUCGGAGACGUUUGAGAUCAACACGCGUGUUUUUGGUUCCACACACUUUCACACUCCGCCGCCAGGUGGCAGCAGCGUGACGUCAUGACGGCUUCACCAGCGGAGAAGAAGGAAACAAAGGCGGAAGUUGGCUCAACGCUCCAAAACAGACGUCAGACAAAGGCCGAGGACGACGUGAAGUUAAAAACAUUCAACAUGCUGAAAGAGUUGGUGAAGGAGCGACUCAUGGCGGCGGCCGAUGAAAUAUUCGCGCUGUUUGAAAGAACCAUCGCGUCGUACGAGGAGGAACUUUCUAGAACGCGAGAGGAGAAGGAGCGACAUCGACAACAACUGGAGGCUGUUUGCAAAACUCACAUUAGAUUUCAAGUGGAAGACGCCCAGCAGCUGAUUGGUCGCCGAGAAGAACUUCCCCUUCUGCCGCAGGCGGGGAUCUCCACUUUGCAGCAAGAAGAUCCACAGCCCCCCCACAUUAAAGAGGAAGAGGAGGAACUCUGGACCACUCGGGAGGGAGAGUGUCUUCUCGGACCCGAGGAAGCUGACCUCGCCGAGUUGCCACUGACUGUGAAGAGUGACGACGAUGAUGAUGAAGAGAACCCGCAGACGGACAACCUCUUUGCUCCGCUGUCGGAUAGCGACGACCUGACGUCGCUCUUUCCUGAAGACGAAGACCGGGACGAUACCCAACACGUUUUGAGCAGCGACACGGACUGCGAAGCCGAUAUCAGGACUCACGCUGGCAACAAACACUCCAAAUGCCCCCAAGAGACGACCGGUAAACAAUCUUGGACAUGCUCGUUUUGUGCCAAAAUAUUUCCCUUCGAGAGUAGCCUGACUCGCCACAUGCGCACGCACACGGGGGAGAAACCCUUUGGUUGUUUUGUGUGCGGCAGUGCAUUCUCCCAACGGUCCACUUUAAAGAGACACAUGAAGACGCACGCGGGAGAAAAACCUUUCUGCUGCUCAGUUUGCGAUAAAAAGUUCUCUGACAAGGCCAACAUGGUGUCCCACAUGAGAACGCACACGGGCGAGAAACCCUUCAGAUGCACCGUUUGUGGCAGAGGGUUCUCCGUGAAGUUUAAUAUGGUCUCACACAUGAGAACGCACACUGCAGAACAACCUUUUAGUUGCUCAGUCUGACAAAAGUUUUAUUUACAGACACAAUAUGCAGGCACACAUACGGUGAACAGAAAGACCUUUUAACUGCUCAAUAUGUGCUAACAUUUUGUCCAGAGGGGACUUAAAUUCUGAGCUGUAGAGGAGAGCAUCCUUAAUAUAUUUUGUCUGUAUUUACAAUUUAUAUACAUAUUGUUUUGACGUCUGUUAGUAUCUGAAUAUUGUUUGACACAGGGUUGUACGGUACCACAAUACUAAUGAAUCAUAUUCGGUACUAUACCGCCUCUUAAAAGUACCCCUCGCCCCCCCCUUUUUUUUUUAAAAGGGUGUGGUCAUGUCAUGACAUUGCUGCUUUUACGGGCAGAGGAGCAUGUUCGGCAGCGCGCACACACAGAGUACUUACAAGCAGACACAGUGUGUACACAGAAAAGGGAGAAUGGACGCAUUUUGGCGUAAAGAUAAAGGUGAAGUUCUAACACUGAAACACCCUCAGGAAGAGGUGCUUUAAGACAUGGCUAGCUAGCUAGCGGCUAACGUCCAUCCACAGUGUUUUAGCUACUUCUAAAUCACUAAUCCUGGCCUCCAUGGCGACAAAUAAAGGACGAGGAAUAGCUAAACAUGCUUCACUACACACCGGCGUCACCAUGUAAACAAUCGCCAUGGGUGGAUCUACACCUGACAUCCACUGUAAUGAUACCAAGUACUAUGAUUACAUCAAUAUUUUUUAGCAUCACAAAAUCUUUUUUUAGAUUUAUAUUAUGUUUAUAAACUCAGGAAAUACGUCCCUGGACAUGUGAGGACUUAAAUUAUGACCAUUGUAUGAUCCUGCAACUACUUGGUAUCGGAUCCAUACCUAAAUGUGUGGUAUCAUCCAAAACUAAUGUCAAGUAUCAAAGAAGAGAAGAAUAAGUGAUUAUUACAUUUGAACAGAAGUGUAGAUAGAACAUGUUCAAACAGAAAAUAAGCAGAUAUUAACAGUAAAUGAACAAGUAGAUUAAUAAUCCAUUUUUACAGUUUGUCCCUCAUAAUGUGUACACAAUAAUAGGUGUAUAAAUGACACAAUAUGUUACUGCAUACGUCAGCAGACUAAUUAGGAGUCUCUUUGUUUACUUACUACUAAAAGACAAGUUCACUAUUUUAUUGAAGGACUAAAUUACAAUAAUAAACAUAUGUUUCAUGUACACUAAGAUUUUUUGUUCAAAUAAAGACAAUAAUUAAAUUAUUUGUGGUUCCCCUUUUAUUUAGAAAAGUAUCGAAAUACAUGUUGGUACCGGUACCAAAAUAUUGUUGUCGGGACAACCCUAGUUGACAAUAUGGAAAAGGGACACCAUGAUUGGCGGACUACAAGUUUGGGUUAAUGCACCAGACAACUUGAAGUGCGAGCUUGUAAAAAUGUGUACUAAUUUAUACUGUAAUCAUGAGAAAUAUUGAUUACUUUCAGCUUUUGUUUUCAUUGUCAGCGUUCCAUAAGGUGGUGCAUUAUCUUUGUGCUUUAACAGUAAUAUCAAGCCAAUCAAUUGGACACAUUAAAACUAAGAAACAUUUCACUUAAAAAAAAUACAAUACACUAAAAUCACUGUUUUCAUUUUUUCCUCACCUAAAAAAAAAGAAAUGGUGGCACAAAAAAACUACACAGGCUUCAGAUCGAUGCAAAAUACUGUGAAUGUUUUCAUAUUAGUUUUUUAAAUUCACAAAAAUAUAGCCUAAAAAAUAAAUUAAUUAAUACAACUGCUACAAAAUAUAUAUAUUUGUGAAUGGUUCGUGAAUCGGUUCCCUUUGUUAACCUAAAAGAACCCUGCAAAAGAUUUGACACGUUGACAAACAUAUGUUUCUUCCAGUUACAUUGUCAGUGUUUUGUACACAUACUUGGGGAAAAACUGAUAGCAGAAUAAAGUUCAAUAUGUCACAUUUUAGAUAAAGUCGCGGCAAUCGGACACAGAAAAACUGGACUUUAUUGCAAUGGUCGUAUCACAAGAUUGGGGAAAUUAAAACCGGGGUUUUUCCUUUUUAAAGAAGCAUCUUGUGUUUUCAAAUGAAAAAAAUGUUUUAAACAAUUGAUUGUAUUCAUCAUAAGUUUGUACGUUCUGUUCCCUUUUCUUGUUUUAUAUUUGUAUGUGCCUCCUUUUCAUGUCUGGGACUACGGAUGGAAAACGAUGCCGAAAAGUGUUACGUUGUUCCGCUUUUAGUUUGUAAGGGUCUGACGUCAUGUCCUGUUAAGCAAGUCAUCUGCGUCACAUCCGCUGGGUCGCCACUAUAAAAGUGUCGGUCAUUUGAAAUUCUUAUGUUUAAAAUGUAUUCUUCAAAUUUCAUACACGUUUGCCACAAUUUUGUUGUUGUUUGUAUUUUUGUUUGUUUGUUGGAUAUCCGCUCAAUAAAUGUAUUGUUAAGG